GUCAGGCCUAGAAUGUGUAUUUCCGGAAGUGAAGGCAAGCGGAGCCAUCCAGUGAGUGUGUGCCCGGAAGAGACGAACCUGCCCAUGGCCUAAAAUGUCCCGUGUUCCUCUGGGGAAAGUUCUCCUUCGAAACGUUAUACGUCACACAGACGCCCAUAAUAAGAUCCAAGAAGAAUCCGAAAUGUGGAAGAUCAGAGAACUGGAGAAGCACACGGAGGAAGUUUACGGAUCUAAAAGGCGGAGAACGUCGCCAGAGCUUAACAAAUGGGACCACAGUGGCUAUAAGGAGCUGUAUCCUGAAGAAUUUGAUGAUAACAAGAGUCGGAUGAGAUCAGAUGGGUUUGAUGCAGAAGGGAGCCGAGAGACUGUUAGAGGAACAGCAGCUGAUCCCGUUACACUGAGACCGGAUGCGCUGAGUGUCCGCACCUUUAACAAGAAAUUCUAUGCAUGUGAGGCUGGCAUCCCUGACAGAUGGGGACACAGUGGCUAUAAGGAACUGUAUCCUGAGGAAUUUGAAACGGACAGUGACAGGGAAAGUAAAAGCCGCAGAAGGAAUGUCAAUGGCCAAGAAAAGCGUGGGACGCAAACAGAGCAAGGGUCCCACAAAAGAAAAAGAUCAAAGAAAACGCACAAGAAGAAACAAAAGAAACGCUCACACAAAAAGCUGAAGAAACGAAAGAAGGAACAGGUGGAAUCUACUGAGACGUCAAGUGACAGUGACAGCUCAGAUGACAGCAUGGACAAGCCCAAAAAAUCCAAACACAAGAAAAAGACUCGUAAAAAGGUUGCAAGGAAACAACCGUCAUCAUCUGGGCAGGAGAGCAGAUCGUCCAGUGAUGAGACGAGUAGCUCGGAAGACAGUGAGAUGGAGGAACGCAGGAGCAGACGCACAAAAAGAUCGCGUAAGAAACAGCACCACAGAUCCAAAUCUAAGAAGGAAGCGGAGAUACAAGAAAGGAAAAAUAAACGGACCAACUGGAAAGUGGCAAAAGAUGAGGGGUCGGAUAGUUCAGAUGAAGAAGACUGAUGGGUCUGAGGGUUUUACCAUAAGCGGCGAGACAGAGUUCUCCGAACUACAAAUUACAUUUCCCCCCCUCCUAUUGUUUCAGAGGUGCAAUAUGUCUUGUUUAUUCCCAGUGUGGAAUAAGUUGUCUAAGAACUGUUUACUGCAACUUUGCUCAUAGUACUAGAACAAACCAAUAGCAGCGAAUUCCAGUGAUAAAGUGGAAAUAACAAACCUACCAGAAGGAAGAUAUUUUUUUGAACAUAAAAUAAAGGAACAUGGAAAACGUAUACAAAGGUUUAUGGGAAAGCCACAUAAUAGAAAACAUUACAAGGUGUGGAAACUGCACCUUUUGUGUUGUGUUGUACAGAGCUCAGGAUUAUUUGAUGCAAUGUGUUUUUUUUUUUACAGGUGAGCAGCAUACUUAUAUAAGUAUUGAGGUUAUAUAACACGAUACAACUCUGUUAGAUUAUUAUCAGUUUGUAUGUUAUUCAGGACGUAUAGCCUGUACUGAGAUGCAGUGAUCCUGAGGCCGAUAUAUUACAAGAAAUAAUAAAUAAUCCUUUAUGGGCUGUUUAUAAAACUUUCUUGAACUGAAUUACAAACAGAAAUCUGGUUUCUCUGCCAUACAGGUUUUCUGCCUGGGCUCAUUCACCUGGAUAUGGUGGUCUGCCUGGGCUCAUUCACCCGGAUACAGUGGUCUGCCUGGGCUUAUUCACCCGGAUACGGUGGUCUUGUUCUCCACCAAAAUGGCGCAAUUAAAACCUCUUUGAGUUAUGGUUUUGGGUUAUUUGUUUUCUUUAGUAACUGUUAGUGUUGGGCUUUUAUAUGAGUGGGAUUCAGUUAAAGGGACAGUGUACUGUAAAUUUUUCUCCCCUUUUAAUGUCUUCCUUAUGACCCAUUUUACCUGCUGGGGUGUAUUAAAUUGUUUACAAAUA